GGAUAAAUUAAAUUAAAAUUUAUUUACCAUAUUAAACCAUUUAAUUAAUUAUAGCACUAAGCAGUAACUAGUAAGGAGUAAGAACUACUGGUGUCUGCGGCUAGUCCUAAAUAUAUACUAGUCUUUAGGCAGGAAUCUAAUUGUUGAUGACAAUAUUUUGUAAUGGUUGAAUUAAAACCUAAAGAAUAUUGGCCAAUAGUAUAUAGAAAAGAGUACAAUGUUACAUUUUUUGGUCUUGAAAAUUUACAUCCCUUUGAUUCGAAAAAAUGGGCACACAUUUACAAAAUACUAAAAAAUACCUUGGGUUUAAAUCAAAGUAAUAUUUAUGCUCCUGAUGAAAUUACUGAAGAUGAACUGCUUACAAUUCAUAGUGGAAAAUAUCUUAAAAGUUUGAAAUGGAGUUAUGUUGCUGCACGUAUAUCAGAAAUUCCUGUGAUUGUCUUGUUUCCUAAUUUUUUGGUUCAAAGACAGUAUUUAAGACCUCUUAGAUUUUUUAGAUUUCAGGUUGGAGGUACAAGGUUAGCUGGAAAAAUAGUUCGAAAAGAAGGAGUUGCUAUUAAUUUAGGAGGAGGUUUUCAUCACUGUAGUAAAGAUCGUGGUGGAGGGUUUUGUCCAUAUGCUGAUAUAUCAUUGAUUGUGAAUGAUGCAUUACAAGAAAAUGACUGUAAUUUGGUGAUGAUUAUUGAUUUAGAUGCUCAUCAGGGUAAUGGAUACGAAAGAGAUUUUAUUGGCAACUCAAAAGUAUUUAUUAUUGAUGUAUUUAAUGAAAAUAUAUACCCAAAAGAUACAUAUGCAGAAACUGCCAUUUCAAAGGCUGUGAAAUUAGAUUACUUUGUACAAGAUUAUGAAUAUUUAACCUCUGUUGAAAGUGCUCUGAUUGAAUCGCUCAUAAAAGUUAAACCAGAUUUCAUAAUUUAUAAUGCGGGUACAGACAUUUUAAAAGGAGACAAGUUGGGAUUGCUUUCUAUUACUCCAGAGGGAAUAAUACAAAGAGAUGAAAUGGUGUUCAAAUUAGCUCAACAAAAUAAUAUUCCUUUAGUUAUGUUAACGUCCGGUGGCUAUCAUAAGUCAACUGCGAACAUCAUAGCAGCUUCAUUGCUGAAUCUAGUACAACAAGGACUAGUUAAACCAUCUCAAGUGGAAUAAUACAAAUUUAUAAGCGUAAAAUACAAGUUCUACCUAUACAACGCCUAUAUAAAAGCGCCCUGAAAAUUCGGGGUAUACAAUAAGAAGAAUGUUGUCUAGUGUGUGUCUAA